UAUCGAGUUACUGGCGACAGACUGGCCGGCACGCUAGUCGGACCCGAAGCACUGGGCCUGAAACGGUCAAUAACAAUGGCUCCACUGCGCAGAAGUACAGUCUCUGUAGGACUCGGUAGGUGUCUCCAGGCAGAACAGGCAGAAGGCAGGCAGGUUACCAAAGGGCGAGGUGAUGCUGGUACCACCUGGAGUCACCCAGUGAGCCACUUGUGUUAUAGGUCCAGCAGAGUGACACUGAAUCAGGUGGAAAGAUGCCAGCGGAGAGCGCAGAGGGAAAAAGGCCGGAUGGAGAUGCCUCAGAACUCAGGAGCCUCGGCUGAGUCAGACGCCCAAAAUUUUCUGCCUUUCCACUUUCCACUGAAUCUGCCCGGCCAAAGGCUCGGCUUGGCGCAAAUCGGCUCGGACUUUUUUUUGUUUGGGCUUUUUCUUCGCUCUUUCCCUCUUUCUUCUUCUCUUCUCCUCUCCUCUUUCCUCUUCCACCCACUUCCAACUCAUCCACCUUUCAGACUUUUCAUCGCCAUUUUCAUCAGCUUGAUCACGCUGUUGCGUCCCCAACUCAUCUUCUGCCAGGCUUUCACUUCUGCCUGCUAGUUUCCCACACGUUUUGUUCACGCUUAAGCCACUCUGGUUCGUCGCCCCGAAGAACCACCCGCUGGUUUCUCUCUCUACCUGCCAGAGAAAGCCACUGAAAACAGAGUCGGUCGAGAACUUGUCUAUGUAUUCGUCCUGCGUCAGAGAUCUCGAUCACCACCUGCCGCUCAAGCUGCAAUCGUUUCGCU